AUGGUUCUCAUCAAGAACCUCAUCUUCGCUGCCCUAGCGGGCUCGGUGGCUGCCAAAUCGGCGGUUAUUGAUCUGAUCCCGUCCAACUUUGACAAGCUCGUCUUCUCCGGAAAGCCCACAUUGGUCGAGUUCUUCGCUCCCUGGUGCGGUCACUGCAAGAACCUUGCCCCCGUUUACGAGGAGCUGGCCCAGACCUUUGAGUUUGCCAAGGACAAGGUACAGAUCGCAAAGGUCGAUGCCGACUCUGAGCGAGACCUUGGAAAGCGAUUCGGCAUCCAGGGAUUCCCCACGCUGAAGUUCUUUGAUGGAAAAAGCAAGGAGCCAGUGGAGUACAACUCGGGCCGUGAUAUUGAUAGCCUGACCAACUUUAUCAUUGAGAAAACUGGUGUUAAGCCCAAGAAGAAGAAGGCCGACCAGCCCAGCAAUGUUGCCCACCUGGAUAACAAGAGCUUCUACGAGACUAUUGGUGGAGACAAGAACGUGCUGGUAUCAUUCACUGCUCCUUGGUGUGGUCACUGCAAGAACCUGGCACCUACUUGGGAGCAGGUUGCCCACGACUUUGCCAAUGAUGCCAAUGUUGUGAUCGCCAAGGUCGAUGCCGAGGGUGACAACAGCAAGGAGGUUGCUGAGGAACAGGGCGUUAAAUCUUACCCCACCAUCAAGUUCUUCCCCGCUGGCAGCAAAGAGCCCGUCGCAUACGAGGGUGGCCGACAGGAGAUUGACAUUGUCAACUACAUCAACGAGAAGGCCGGCACUUUCCGCGCUGAGGGAGGCGAGCUUAACGACCAGGCCGGUCUCGUGCCGUCUCUGGAUGCUAUUGUGACCAAAUUCCUCGGUGGCGUCUCACUCGCCGAGGCUACCAAGGAAGUCAAGGCCGGUGUUGCCAAGCUCAACAACUCCGUCGAGGCCAAGGCUGCGGAAUACUACGUCCGUGUCUUCGACAAGCUGAGCAAGAGCGAGCAGUUUGCUGCCAAGGAGCUCACAAGACUCCAAGGCAUCUUGGCCAAGGGCGGUCUCGUUGCUGGUAAGCGAGAUGAGAUCCAGAUCAAGGUCAACGUCUUGAACAAGUUUGCCGCCAAGCCAGAGGAGAAGGAUGAGCUGUAA